ACCUAGUAGACCACAAAAUGUCUUUUGGGUCCAAGUCUUAGCUCGGAGUGAGAAGUCAUUGGCCUGCCCUGGGUUUCCAUUGUCACGUGUCGAUUUCUUUCUCGCCUCUCACAAUACCAGGGAUUCUUAUACUGAGAUUGAGGUGUUGGGUGUCAGCCACAUUACUUACAUUUUCCAGGCUCUGCCAUAAGCCAUUAUCCAUUGAUCGAAAAUACAACACUUCAAUCUGGUGAGGGUUGUCAUCUCAUGAUGAGAAUAUUUGCUAAACUAUUUUAUAGAUACAAACCAAUUGUUACUUAACGUAGCAGAACCCACCGGCGAGAUUACUCCAAGCUUCAAGUAUGUGUCCCGCUUUCAAUAUCAUAUUACAUCUUGGCUAGUGUCAAAAAGUUGUUAUGCAUGAAAAUAAUCAUCAUCAUUUGUAGCUAUCAAUAUUAUCAAAAUCCCUUCCGAUAGCUUUGGUAUGUCUACCGAGAACAUGAUAAAGGAAGGUCCCAUUGAGACGACGGAGCUAUGCGACAGCGAAACAAAACUACAAUGUGGAGUUCCUUCUUGUUCAGAAGAACGUGAAUUCUCAACAGAACCUCAGCUACAGUAUGGCAUGCUCUCGCUGAAGUUUUAAACCAACUGAACUGAUCGUCGAAAGGAAGCAAUGUAAAAAGUACAGCAAGCCCCAUGUUUGCAGUGUUCAAGGCUGUAAACAUCCACAAUUUGGCGACAAAGGAGGUCUUGACCGACAUACGCGUGAGGUCCACGGAUCAAAGACAUACUGCUGCCUCAUCACAACAUGCAAACGCCAUACGAGAGGAUUUCCCAGAAAUUAUAAUCUCUUCGACCACCAGCAACGCUGUCACUCUGGACAGUCACCCAGACCAAUGUUGAGUAGUUUGGUUCGAAAUGCGAGUGCUGAAGACGCUCAAGAUGGGAUUAAAGCAUUAAUUUCUUCAAAAUUGACUAUUGGUGGAGGAAGACUCCAAGAGGAGCUUGAAAGACUUUGUCCAUUGAGGAUGGAAAUUGACAGCGAUAUUGAGGCGUUGAAGAGAACUGUGGAUAUUAUGGGGGAAUCCUAGUAUACUUGACAUAUAAUUGCGUUUCGUACAUAUGUAAAGAAUCA